CGCUACCUGAAAAGCACAGCACUAAAGGGGUUAAAAAAGCUGCUCUGAAAUAUGCAGGGAGGAAAUCAGACUGAACUGGGGAGGAGAAUCACUUCUACAGCACACGCCUUGACAUCACUCAGGGAGGAAGCAAAGGGAGAUGCAGUUUGGAAAUGAGUGCUGCUAAGGAGGAAAGCCAGUGUCAGACAGCCGCACGAAUUGUCACUGACCUAUGUCGCCAGAAGAGCCUGCCCCAGCUGGACCUGGAAACCUGCAAAGAAUUCCUCCUCUUUCCAGACCUGAGUGGCCCAGAGCCAGAGCUCUCCAUCAGUCUUCUUGCUGUGAUAGUAAUUGUAUGUGGACUGGCUCUGGUGGCAGUUUUUCUAUUCCUCUUUUGGAAGCUGUGCUGGGUGCCUUGGAGGAACAAAUCUAUUUCAACUAACACCCCCACCACCCAGAAUCUGGCAGAGCACGACAAAGAGAAUAUGGCUGACAAGCUAAAGGAUACUGGGACUCUUGGAUUCUUGGAAGCAGCAGUGAAAAUCAGUCACACUUCACCAGAUAUCCCAGCAGAGGUUCAGAUGUCCAUGAAAGACCAUCUCAUGAGACGCACGCGGAUGCAGAGACAAACAACAGAACCUACGUCUUCUACCAGGCACAUUUCUUUCAAGAGGCACCUGCCCAGGCAGAUGCAUGUUUCCAGUGUGGACUAUGGCACAGAUCUACCACUUGCAGCAGAGCAGCCCACUUGCAUUGGCCGGAUCAAGCCAGAGUUGUACAAACAGAAAUCUGUGGAUUCUGAGGACCCCAAGGGAGAGGCAGAAAAAACCUGUGGGAAAAUAAAUUUUGCUUUGAAAUAUGACUAUGAAAAUGAGACUUUGAUUGUGCGGAUCCUCAAAGCUUUUGACUUGCCUGCCAAGGACCUCUGUGGCAGUUCUGAUCCCUAUGUUAAGAUCUACCUCUUGCCUGACAGGAAGCGCAAGUUCCAAACACGAGUGCACAGGAAAACUCUCAAUCCCACCUUUGAUGAAUGCUUUCAGUUUCCUGUGCCCUAUGAAGAGCUUACUAAUAGAAAGCUCCAUCUUAGUGUCUUUGACUUCGACAGGUUUUCCCGGCAUGACAUGAUUGGGGAGGUGAUCCUAGAGAACCUCUUUGAAGCCUCAGAUCUCUCUCGGGAGACCUCCAUCUGGAAGGAUAUUCAGUAUGCUACAACUGAAAGUGUGGACCUGGGAGAGAUCAUGUUUUCCCUUUGUUAUCUGCCAACUGCAGGUCGCCUCACUCUAACAGUCAUUAAAUGCAGGAAUCUCAAAGCAAUGGAUAUAACUGGUUACUCAGAUCCGUAUGUCAAAGUGUCUUUGCUCUGUGAUGGAAGGAGACUGAAAAAGAAGAAAACCACUAUAAAAAGAAAUACACUUAAUCCUACCUAUAAUGAGGCAAUAAUUUUUGAUAUCCCUCCUGAGAACAUGGAUCAAGUCAGUCUGCUUAUAUCAGUUAUGGAUUAUGACCGAGUUGGCCACAAUGAGAUUAUUGGGGUUUGUCGUGUGGCAAACAAUGCUGAGGGACUAGGCCGAGACCACUGGAAUGAAAUGUUGGCUUAUCCACGUAAACCAAUUGCACAUUGGCAUCCACUGGUAGAAGUGAAGAAAUCCUUUAAGGAGCAAAAUCCAGCACCUGGAUUGAAUGUCCCCAAGGCAGUGAUGCCUGUAGCAGAACCAUCCCAACAUUCCCUUUCUACUAUGAUGCUGUCUUCCUCCAAAUAUUCCAAGUGGCAUGGCCGUGCAGCCAGCUUUGACAGUCAAGGCUCCUGCCCCUCUCCCAAACCACCUUCAACACCAUGAUCCAUCAAGUGGUGAAUCUAAUGGGCCUCAACCAAAUUAUUUUUGUUUUGCUUUGAUAUUUUUGCCACGGGUCCUGAAUUCUGAUUCAGCCUAUUGCUGAGUAGCAGAAGACUGGGGUCAGACAUUAAGAGUCCUUGUUUCCACAAUGAAAAAGGCAGCAAAACUUUUUGACAGUGGUGUUUGUCGUAGUCAUUUCUAUCUCUCAAGGUGAUGUACUCUGCGCUUUUCACUUUUUGGCUAUGGCUGCCAAAGAGAAGAGAAGAGAAGAGAAGAGAA